UGUAGCAAUGGUUAAUUUAAGGCAACUGUUUUUAAUUUUCAUGGCUAAUUUUGGCCUGCAAAUUAAGGCCGAGUUAAGUAAUUGGCCAGAUCCUUAUAACGUUGCUAUAUCCUCGGUUGCUCAACUGUCAUUGUUAAAGCUAAAAGAGCAACAAGUAAACAAUCUUUACAAUUAUAAAGAGGAAUUGAAGAUGCACUUAAAACAGGUUCUGCUAGCUGUGAAACAUUCAAGGCAACUGUUAAAAACAGCUUCGCAAUAUCCCAACAACCUGUUGAUUGGCUUUAAAUUAUUGCGACAUUUACAUAAUGAUUGGCCUGAAUAUUUAAAGUUUAUGAAUAUUAAAUUAGGCACAAAAGAGAUGGAAUUUUCACAAAAACAAUUAAGGGUUCUGCCAACGUCAGAUGACUUUACGGAUGCCUUGACGGCAAUCUACAGACUUCAAACUGUAUAUGACUUGGAUGCAGCUGAUAUGGUUAGAGGAAUAUUGGAUGGAAAAGAAUACAAGGUAAAACCUUGGGGUACCGAUGAGUGCUUAAUUUUUGGUCUGAUGUAUCAAACUGUGAAGCUUUACAACCUAUCGGAGAAUUGGCUACAGCUAGCUCUAUUUUACUACAGUGAAUAUUCCCAUGAAAAGCAGAUUGACGUUACGCUUUGGAAAUAUCAUAACAUGUUGGAAUAUAUGGUAGAGGCUCACAAAGGAAUGGGCAACUACUUAGAAGCUAAACAAUAUGCCCUUGAGUUCCUUGCCAUUCAGCCCAAUAAUUCUUACAUGCUAAGCCAACUGCCCAAGCUUGAUUAUCUGCAUGAAAAUCCCAUCGAUAUCACACAAGUUGAUAAAGACUUUCAGCAUCAGAAAACACUUUGUACUAAAAAGUAUAAGAAAAACUCAAAUGACCUUCUAUGUUACUAUGCAAACUGGUCGCCUUUCCUACUCCUGGCACCUAUCAAAGUGGAGCAAUUGUCCAGGGAAAUAUACCUCAAUAUAUACCCCGAUUUCAUCAGUGAAAAAGAAAUCGACAUACUAAAAACCACUUCCAAAGAUAAACUUCAACGCAUCGAGGGUCUAUCGUGGAACUGCAGUUGUACAGUGGCAGAGUUAUCAAACGAUAUUGUACGCAACAUUAAUCAAAGAAUUAUGGAUAUAACCGGAAUGAAAUUGGAUAAUAAUAAUGUGCUGCAAGUCAUAAAUUAUGGCAUGGCGGGAAAUUACAAUCCAGAUGACACUGAAAAAUCAUCAAAUGAUCAUAAAGGAAAUGUGUUAAUAUAUCUAAGCGAUGCUGAGCAAGGUGGAGAAACUGUUUUCGACUCUUUGGAAUUAAAAAUUAAACCUAUCAAGGGUUCUAUGCUGAUUUGGGGAAACCAAAAAGGCACUGUUUUCCAUCAUCAGUGCCCUCUUUUGAAGGGUAAUAUGUGGUUGGCCUCAAAAAGGUUGAAAUAAGCUUUUUUAGGGUUUAUUUGAUGGUCGUAAAUAUCUUAUUUCCCUUUAAACUUGAUGAUUUAUUUAUUAAAAACGUGUGUUUACAAAUAAAAUUGAAUAUUUAAAUGGAAAACUAAAGA